GGGCAUGACUCAAGCGUCAACGCACUUGUCAUCUCGCCAGAUGGGCGGUGGGUGGCGACGGCCUCUGAUGAUUCCACCAUCAUUCUCUGGGAUGCCCGAACUGCCUGCAUCUCGGAAGAGUGGUUCGCCCACGACAGACAGGUCUCGGAUCUCGCGUUCUCACCAGACGGCCGUCACCUAGCGUCCGCAGGUAGUGGCGGGCAGGUCGUCAUCUGGGACAUCAGCCGUGACCGCCCGCACCAAACGGCUACCCUCGAAGGCCAUAAUCUGGGUUACAUCAGAGGCUGCGCAUUCAGCCCGAAAAGUACACGCGUUGCUGUCGGAUAUAUGAAUGGGGUGAUCCGCGUUUGGAAUAUGGAGACCAGACAGGAUCCUCUGUGGUGGAAGGCACACGAAGAUCAAGUCCUCGAUGUGGCCUUUUCUCCGGAUGGUCGGCUGCUGCUCUCAGCGUCGAGCGACAACACAGUGAAGACAUGGAACACACGGAAUGGUGCCAUGGUCCAGUCGCUCGAGGGGCACGAGAGAUUGGUGUCCGCAGCAUGCUUCUCCCCAUGUGGGCAGUACAUCGCCUCUGCAUCCAGUGACCUGACGGUGAGGGUGUGGAGGACUAGCGACGGGUCGUGCUCAGCGACGCUCUCCGAUCACGGCGACGCGGUCAUGCAUGUUGCAUUUACUCCAGACGGGACGAUGUUGUGGUCUACAGGAUGGAAUGGGACCGUCUUGGGUCGUCGACUAGAGGACAUCAUCCCGAACGACUUCAACUCGACUCGUGUAGAUAACCGACUACCCUUGUUCCGCUCCGCUUCCCGUCUGUCUAGAUAG